CGUUUUUUCGUUGAUUCUCCUAUUAGAGAUGGGAUUCCUCUACUCUAGUCUCCAUGCAACGUAACUUGAAAUAGUAGCACACAUUUUAUUUCGAAGACUGCCAAAUAUUUUUUUGCGUUUUUACAAAGUUUUACGAAUUACUUGACCGCAGAGAAGAAUAAUUUUAAAAGAGUCAUUGCAACUGUUAUUUAAUGCAUAAUACUUUACAGAAACUCAAAUAUAUCCCCAUUGAUAUGUCGGCGGGACAACAUUUUUGCACGGCUUGUACACCACAUGCGCAGUUCAAUUCGAAAAGAAUGACUUGCUACAGAAUAUGCUAAGGUAGCAGACGACAAAAUUCAACCAAGAUAAUUUUUCGGCUCCUUUCGCCGGUUAUUAGGAUGAAAUCUCAUAUACUGGCUUUACUGAGCACGACAAGAAACUCAUUAAACUUCAGCAGAAAUUUCAACUGUUGGACUGCAGGUAUAACAAAGAUACACCGAACGACCUACGAAAGGACAUACCCAACAGUAUUGGUCAACCCCGAUGGUAGCUCUAUAAUAAUUCCAUAUCAUGAACCAAGAGGGAUAAUAAAAUUACCUCUGGAUAUUUUUACAUUGUCGGAAGCUGAACGUAAAGCAAGACUUGAAAGACGCAAGCCUAAGACUAGAGUCAAAAUUGAUGAAGACAUAGAAGAUGACUUUGACGUCACUAAGUAUUUAAAUUUCAAGAAGAAAUAGAUACUACAAUAAAUCAUAUUCGGCUAUCAACUUAUUUAACAUUGUACAGAAAGAAUUAAACAGCUGAUAAUUGAAAAUUCAUUAAUUAUUGUACAGAAAGUAUGAUAGAACUUUAUUAUAAAUAUACAUAAACCAAAAUCCUCAUCGACAAUAAAAUCACAUCAAGGAUUCAUGAAUGUCAAAGAUCAAUAUCAAUGAAUGGAUUAAAACUAUGUUGAAUCAUCCAACAACAAAAAAUAAUCACUGAUGAAACCAUUGUUAGAAAUAUUCAAUGUAGUUAUAGAUCUAGAUGUUUCGUAAACAUGUCACAUAAUAUAUAAUGAAACAAUAAAAAGUGAAUAAUAAAAGUUA